AUGUCCGAGAAACCUGACGCGCCAACUUCGUCGUCCACAGACACCACAGGCAUCGGCAGCGGCAAUGGCGCCCCGAAAGCCACGAUAAAGAAUGUCGAUAUGACCGAGGAGAUGCAGCAGGAGGCCGUCGAGAUUGCGUCCGUCGCUCUGGAGAAGUACAACAUUGAGAAGGACAUCGCCGCUCAGAUCAAGAAGGAGUUUGACCGACGCCACGGACCGACAUGGCACGUCGUCGUUGGCAAGAAUUUUGGGAGCUAUGUCACGCAUGCUGAGGGAUCCUGCAUUCUGUACUUACCCUGCAUUCAUUUUCUCGUCUAA